AUGAGACGAACACAGCAACUGAUGACAUCAAGAGAGAUCAUCUUCAUCGACUCUACCUCAUCGUGCGAUGGGAUGCACACUACUGCCACGUUGCUACUGGCUGCAACCAAUGCUGGGGCCAUACCCAUUGCUGUCCUCCUGCACAACUCCCAGACCACAGAAGGCUACCACAUUGCAUUCGGCCUACUCAAGGGGGCAUACCCACACUGCUUUGGUGGUCAAGAGGCACCGAACGCCUUCAUGACUGACAAUUCGUCAGCAGAGAAGGAUGCUUUACGCAUGGUAUGGCCCCAAGCAACACAGCUUCUCUGUCACUUCCACGUCUUGCAAGCGGAGUGGAGGUGGCUCACAUCCACAAAGAACGGGGUGCCACGGGAAGACAGGCAGAAGCUGAUGUCGUCUUUCAAGCAGGUACACCUCCAGAGUGGUAGCCUUCCUCAGCAGGAAGGAGUCUUGACACGAGGGCAUCAAACAAACAACUUUGCGGAGGCAUCGAUCCGCAUACUGAAGGAUAUAGUCCUCUGCCGGACGAAAGCGUUCAAUGCAGUUGCACUGGCAGAGUUUGUUGCAGUAGUGUGGGAAAAGUAUUUUCAGGUGCGGAUACUGAAACACGCCCACAACCGGGUUGCAUCCCACAGCUUGUUGUACGACAAGCUGCUCCAAAGGCUUCCAGAUGAGGCUGCAGCAUCAGUUGUGCAACUUGGGCACAAUAUUUACAGUGUUCCAGGCAAAGCUGGCAGUGGGAGGACAUAUGAGGUGUAUGGCGGAAGCUUCCCGAACGCUCCGGUGUUAACUGCUGCAGACCGCCACAGACUUGGAGAACUGGCCCUGGGAGAGGAAUGUCCACCAGCAUCGUUCUUCUCGGAGUUCCGUGGCACAGAGGAUGACACCGACAGCCAAACAGACCUUCACAGCACAGGCCUCUUCGAGGGUCACACAUUGGAGCCCGGAACAGGAGACAACACCCUAUCUGAUGACAUACAGCCAUGUACCUCAGGACACAGCCAGAUUGCGGAGGUGCAAAAUGAUGGCCGGGCGACUUUCAGGAGAGAACUGGACCGCCUAAUAGACCUGGCUGCAAUAGAUCCAAUGUUGUCAGAGAAGUUUCAAAGGACGGGCAAGCAGCUUCAGCGUAUUACGACACAAGGUGGUGCAGCAGAGCUGUUGUUCAAGAUACGUGCUGUCGUGGCAGGUAGCACAAGAAGGGGUGGCCGCAUUCGUGUGCAGCCUACGGCAAUUUCCAGGCGCCGUACUGGCGUAACAAGAGGAUCAAGACGCAUACCAGCAGGCCGUCCCACGAGCGAGCUCCCGUCCAAAAGGCAGAAAAGACUACACAAAAUAGGACUCGCCAUACAAGCAAACGUGCCACCAGCAAAGUCACAUGGCAAAGGCCAUUAGCUUAAACAUGCUGCAACGUACUAAAUAUUUUGUCUCUACCUGAUGCAGAAGUCGGAAAAAGUAAUUUCUUCUUUUUAAUUUUGGGAGGUGUGACGUCAUGGUGAGAGCCAGGAAGCUGAAGGGAUUUUGCCUGGCAAUAUUGCUACUGGAGAAAGCUGGCUUCCAGGCAUACUUUCGAGUCUAAGGAAUUCGGGGCUGCUUGCUUGUGUUGGCAACGAUGUCAUCUGUGCUCAUCGCUUUCUGUUGUGGUCAUUGGGAGCCCUGUAAAGCUUUGGGAGCUUACAAGUGCACAUACUGUCGAAAGUCAAGCUCGAUAAACAUGUCACAGAGGAUUCUGCGAGAAGCUAAUCUGUGUGAUCAGUGGGUGAAGGUGCUUCUGGAACACGGAAAAACUGUUCAAGAUGCGGGCCCCUUUGUCAGCCCUGGGCGGUUCACGAGGGAAUCGUACAAGUACAGUAUAGGUCUGACGGUCACGCUCGG